CUCCCUCUUCACUGGUUUGCUGUCCACUCAGUUAUUAAACCCGAGGCGACACGCUCACCAACCAGCAAUUAUCUCCUGAACGCCCUGAAGGGAAGUUUGUGCACCUGAGAGACGUUCUCUCCUGAUUUUUUUUUUUUUUUUAAUUUCGAAAAAGAAAUAUUUUUUUUAAAAAAACCUUUUGUGAUUCAGUGCAAUUGACAAUUGAACUUGGAUUCUCUGAUUGUUUUGAUAAAAAGAAAAAAAUUUUGUGAUUUUGUGCAAGGAUCAAAAAAAAAGUUUAAGUGCAAUUUUGGUGAUUUUCAUUUGGAGUAACGUAAAACAUAUUCAUCAUGCAGCAUCCACAGAUGUGGUCAGAGAUGCAAACAAUGUUUCAAAUAAACGGCACACCGCUAAUCGCUCAUCAUGGCGAAUAUCAUCAAAAUCCACCAAUUCGCCGCCAUCAGGAAUACAAUGCCUAUCUGAUGAAUCCCUAUUGGUAUCCGGAAAAUCAACAAGCUUCAACAACACCACCAUCAUAUGGAUUACCAUCAGUGACAUAUAAUUCCAAUUCUCAACAAUAUUUAAAUCAUUCACCACCACCUCCAUCAAAUGGUGCAUCACCGUGUCCCUCACAAACAUCACAAACAUCACAAGUAUCCUAUCAAUCACAACCAAGUCCCAAUCAAUAUUCUCCAAUACAACAUCAUUCCCCACCAAGUACCGCUCAUCUAAUUCCAAAUCAAUCCCAUUUAACAACAUCAAAUUUCAAUCAUCAUCAUCAUCAAGCACCGCAUCACUUUCCAGCAAAUCAAUUUUCCCCACAAUAUUUCCCAUCAAAUCACACCGCUUCAUAUAAUACAACUCAACAGUAUUAUGCUACCUCAAAUACAACAGCAUUUAAUUCAACGCACGUGCCAACUAGUCGUAUCUCACCCUAUCAUCAAUAUAUAUCAACAAUGUACAAUACAACAGCGCCAUCAACCAAUGAAAUUUUAAUUGAGAAACAAGAAUCAAAACCAAAAGCAACGACAAAUCGAAAAAGUAGCCGUUGCCAAUGUCCAAAUUGUCAAUUAGAAACUGGCUAUAAACUUGCAACUGAUGGUAAACGGGGACACACAUGCUUUUAUCCGGGUUGUGAUAAACUUUAUGGGAAAACAUCACAUUUAAAGGCACAUUUACGUGGUCACACUGGUGAGAAACCAUAUAUUUGUGAUUUUAUAUUUUGUGGUAAAAGUUUCACAAGAACUGAUGAAUUACAACGUCAUAGAAGAAUACACACUGGUGAAAAAAGAUUUACCUGUCCAACAUGUGAAAAAAGAUUUAUGCGCAGUGAUCAUUUAACUAAACACAUAAAAACACAUUUGAAACAAACUAAACAAACAACAAAAAAGAAGCAAACAAAUAACAUCAGUGAGAAUCAGGAGAAUUUACCACAAACUCGAAGAACAGUGACGCAUCCCGUUUCAGUACAACAACAACAACAACAACAGCAACAAGUGCCACAGUAUAUUGAUAAUUUAAAUUACCUCGCUAUUUAAAAUUCCCCUCAUUUUUUUUUAAACCAAACAGUAUUAUAAUUAUUUUUUCUUUUGUCGUAUCAGUGCCAUAAUUUCUCAAUUCCGUAUUGGCUAGAGAAAUAACUAAUUUUUUAAACAAAAAUUGUGAUUACUGUAUAAAAAACAAAUAUUUUUUUUUAUAUGGAACUGUUUUUUGCCAUAAAGAAAUUUUCUUAAUAUUUUGUUUAACAUGAAAUAGUUUUUAAAAGGACAAUUUUUUUACAGUGUUAUAUAUACCUGUGAUCCGAAUUACAGAAUUUAGAAAAAUAUAUUACAUUAAAAAAAAUUUUUUAAAUCUAAAAAGGUAGAAAAAAUAAUAAAAUGUUGAAAAAUACAAAGAAAGCAAUUUUGAAAAAUGUGUAAAAAUAUUGAAAUAUCGGAAAAUGAAAUAAAAUUUAUAUAAAAAUUAAGGAAUUUUCCGUCUUACUA